UUCUUUUUCUCUCCAAUGCCUGUUUCCAGUCAGCAAUCCACAAGUAUCGGGCGCUCUCAGAGCUGGGACGCUGCUGGAUGGUAUGAGGGGAAUUGGGAAGGGGAAAGCAGCUACCAAUACCACCCCAGGGCACCAAGACGGAGAAACUCUUUGACGUACAGGGGAGACGGUGGUGGAGGCUGGGACGAGCUGCCCUCAGAGUUACGGCGGAACGAACUGGAGCUCAAGAGGGAACCCUAUUCCUUCAACGACUACCAGGGCUACCCUGAGAGGCAUGAGCACCGGCCCGUGAGGAAGAGCUCAGUCCCGGACCUAAACAGCUACUACAAGAGGCAAGCAGACACUGCCAUGACGGGAAGGUGCUCCGUGGCUCCUCAGGAUUACUACCACCAUGACCCUGCAAUAGCAGUUCAGCCACCUGAAGAUCCUCGAGGCUUUUAUAAGGGGGAGCAGCAAAUGCUUAGCAGAUCAGCUUCACAUUAUGGGAUAACCAGUGAGGGACGGCCAACUUGGGAUCAAGGACAAUGCAGGCCUCCCCCCACCCCACCAACGGCUCACGAGAUGAGCCGAGUGUACAGGGAAUCUGCUGCCUCUAAGAUGAUAUCAGACAGGCAGCGCAUACGGAGCAGGGACCCUUCUCUUACUAGGUGCGGAGUAGAAACAGCAAUUCCCAGGUACGGGGCCGAACCACCCCCUAUGAGCGGCCACUCUGUCUACAAUGACAUCAAUGGGCGUCACUUGGACCCCCGGCAAGCCACAGCCACCUGCCUGGUGGUUGAUCCAGCCACCCAGGCUAUGGACGGCAACCCAGAGAAUCAUCACCGUGGGCUUCGGAUGAGGCAGGAGGGUGCCAACUCUUACAGCUCAGCAACCGGACAGAAAAUGGCCUACGAUUAUUACGAUGGCAGCGCCGGCGCCACUACUAACUCAACAGGACUGGCUCAACACCUGCAGCAGAAGAAAAACAUGGAUUCGGAUUUCCUUGCUCUUCUCCGGGCUGAGGGCCUCUCGGAGAGCACCAUUAGCGCCCUCCUCCAGCAGGGCUUUGACUCGGCCGGCCUCCUGGCUAUGAUGGAGGAGAAUGACGUGCGUUCGGUGGCACCCAACCUCGGGCAGGCCCGCAUGUUGUCUCGCAUAGCUCACAACUACAAGAUGGAGCUGCAGCGGCAGCACACGACUACAGUCGGCACACAUCAACAUCUGCGGUCCCGCUCCAACAGCUUCAGCCAGAGCAAUGACCUCUACCAGCAACAGCAGCGGCAGCAGCAGCUGCAGUUGCAAAACAUAGACCCCAGCGCCCUGCAGCACCCGCCCAUUUCCAUGCAGCUUGCCUCGCCAAGGAUGGGGGAGGUCAUUGGCAGGAGACCCUCCAGCACCCCAACUCAGCACCUGCUGGAAACUGCCACCUAUGGCCCUGGGAUGGGUGCACGCUCUCCUGCUGGUUUCUCAGUCAGUCCCGGCAGCUACAACAAACCCGUCUCCCAGAACCACCCCAUGUCAGCCUAUUCUGCCAACUCUGGGGUCGCCAUGACCACCACGCAACAUCCCAGCCUUUCGAGUUCGGCCCCAAAGACAGCGUACUCCACUACCUACACCAUACCCAUGGAGCUCAUGAAGCGAGACCGCAACCUGCCGGCCGUGUCACCCAUGCACAGCCCGCACUGCGGCUCCCAGGUCCACCACAAGGGGCCCCAACAGGAGGCCUCCCUGAUGCACAGCGGCUCCACCCUCCAGGUGCAAAACGUUAAUGCUGCCCACCAGAAGCUCACCCGGCGCACAGGGCCGCCAGUCAUCAUCUCCACAAUGGCAUCUCCUGACUCAAGUAUCCGCCCCCAGAUCAUGAACGGCCCCAUGCACCCCCGGCCCCUGGUGGCGCUGUUGGAUGGGAGGGAUUGUACUGUGGAGAUGCCCAUCCUCAAAGACCUGGCAACGGUAGCCUUCUGUGAUGCCCAGUCCACACAGGAGAUCCAUGAAAAGGUGCUGAAUGAAGCGGUGGGCGCCAUGAUGUACCACACCAUCACCCUGACCCGAGAGGACCUGGAGAAGUUCAAGGGUCUGAGAGUCAUCAUCCGAAUAGGCAGCGGCUACGACAACAUCGACAUCAAGGCAGCCGGCGAGCUCGGGAUCGCGGUGUGUAACAUCCCCUCUGCGGCAGUGGAAGAGACGGCCGACUCAACGCUCUGCCACAUCUUGAACCUGUACCGGCGGAACACGUGGCUGUACCAGGCGCUGCGCGAGGGCACUCGUGUGCAGAGCGUGGAGCAGAUCCGCGAGGUGGCAUCGGGGGCCGCGCGUAUCCGCGGGGAGACGCUGGGCCUCAUCGGCUUUGGGCGCGCUGGGCAGGCGGUAGCGGUCCGGGCGAAGGUGUUUGGCUUCAAUGUGAUUUUCUACGACCCGUACCUGCAGGAUGGGCUGGAGCGGUCAUUGGGGGUGCAGCGCGUCUACACCCUGCAGGACCUGCUGUACCAAAGCGACUGCGUCUCACUGCACUGCAACCUCAACGAACACAACCACCACCUGAUCAACGACUUCACCAUCAAACAGAUGAGGCAGGGCGCGUUCCUGGUGAACUCUGCACGGGGUGGCCUUGUUGACGAAAAAGCCCUGGCCCAGGCUCUAAAGGAGGGGAGAAUACGGGGGGCAGCCCUGGACGUCCACGAAUCAGAGCCUUUCAGUUUUGCCCAGGGCCCGCUGAAAGAUGCUCCUAAUUUAAUCUGUACACCACAUACUGCCUGGUACAGUGAGCAGGCAUCGCUGGAGAUGAGGGAGGCAGCUGCCUCAGAGAUUCGACGAGCCAUCACUGGUCGCAUUCCGGACAGCCUUAGAAACUGUGUGAACAAAGAGUUCUUCAUCACCACCUCUCCCUGGUCAGUCAUGGACCAGCAGGUUGUCCAUCCAGACCUCAACGGCGCCUCCUACAGAUACCCCCCUGGCAUGGUGGGGGUGGCGCCAGGAGGAAUCCCAGGCGCGAUAGAGGGCAUGGUGCCGGGCGGGCUGCCAGUGCCUCACAGCCUGCCCACAGUCACACACCCCUCGCAAGCCCCCUCGCCGAACCAGCCCACGAAGCACGGAGAAAACAGAGAGCAUCUAACCGAGCAAUAGCACUUGAACCAGAGCGCUCAAACCUACACUCACCUGGGACCAAGAGACACUGAGCACUGGGAGCGGGGGCAUGCUCCACCAACCUGGACUCUUCCUUUCACUUCCUUUAUUUUGUUGCAUAUUAUUAUUAUUAUUAUUAUUAUUAUUAUUAUUAUUUUGGAUGUUCCAGUGUUACCUGCAAGUACAUGAUGGUGAGAAACAAGCUGUGAUGAUGCUAAGCCCCUUGAAAAGUCGCUACUCAGAAGUACCUCACCCUCACUUUUAUGUUAGUUAAUGCGUGAUUUUGUGUUUCUUCUCUUUUUGACUCUAGACGUGAAUAUCGCUUUUGUUUCCUCCAGUAGAAAUAAAAACAAAAUAAUAAUGAAAUUAUAUAUAUAUAUAUAUAUAUAUAUAUAUAUAUAUAUAACCAGACAUCCGAAAAGGAAUAAAAAUCAUCCACUGCAGCGGCAAUCGACAGAGUGAACUUUGACCCUUUCCUGGUCAAGCCCUACUAACCUUGAACUUUGACCUUCAUCGUCCAAUAAAAAAAGACAUUGGAAGGAAACAGUUUUCACCUCAACUCCAGCUUUAAUGAUGGGGGAGAGUUCAAUGUAAGAGCACAGUCAAAAUGAGUGUACAAGUCAAAUCUUAGAUUCUAUUAAGAGUGUAUCUUUUCCAUUGAGUGUUGAAGAGGCUGAGGAGCUUUGUGCAAAGUUUUAAAUGGGCCGAAUUCCGUGAAGUAUUGAGCAAAACACUUUUUACUGAUGUAAUUGGUUAGUAGCACGAACACAGUUUUGAAUAUUAAAAGCUACACAUAGGUCCCUAUAAUAUUUACUGUACAAGGCUAUAGGCCCCUUGAGAUGUCUAAAGUGAAACAUUAGCUCUACACCUUUAGUGUAGCAUAUAUUGUUCACAGCUUCAGAAUAGUUCAGAGAAAGGGAAGAUCCAAACUAGGAAUACACAAUCGCUCAGACAACCCAGGAAAUGCAAGAUAGCUGUCUUUUUUGUUAAAAGGAGUGCAAAUGGUAAAACAUGAUUUAAUUUCAGUAUUUAUUAGGAAAUAUGCCAGACUGUUGGGGGGCAUGCAACCUUGUAUGGAUGAAUGAAUUAAAAGGCAGCUUGUAAUACAUGUCUAUUGGUAUAAUAGAAAGUGUGCCAUUAUCCAACAGCAUGGAGAUUGACAAACAUGUUUAUGUUUGAAUUUUGGAUUGCCCCUGUUCAGAGGCUAGCUAGAGGGUUUCACACACAGUAUGUAAAGACAGCUCUGUUUUCUAUUUUCAUAUUAAACAAUUAGUACCAUGCAACAGACUGAAAAGGGUUAGAGCAAACUGGAUUUCUUCUCAACUCAGGAAAACACUUUUUUGCAGCUUUUUUCUCCCCCCUACAUUUUGCUUGAACCGGGAAAAAAAAAGUUCGGGAUACCUUUUUCCCCUUUUACUUCAUUGUGGUAUUUUUAUAUUACAAACACAUCACGUUUUAAGUGUUAAAAGGUUUUGAAGAGUCCUGUUAGAUUUGUAUUGGCUAGUUAAAUGUUCUUAUAACCAUAGACUUUAUGUGAACCAUCGUUAUUUUUUUUUUUCUUUUUGUUAUAAUAAUGGCCAAUUUGAGCCCCUGGGCACGUGUACUCCGUGAGUAGGAGAGAUAUUAAAACCUUCUAGUGUCCCAACAACAGCAACAAGUGGCCACCAGCAGUAUGUUUUGUUUUUAGUGUAUUUGUAUUUGUUUAUUGUACAAAGUGAACAUUUAGCAUUUAGUGCAGUUCAAAUAAAAAAAAAAAUACAAUUCUAAAAAAAAACAAAAAACAUUUUGUUGUUAGGUUUGUGUCUUCCAGCCGAAAUGUUGACUUUCAGAAUAAAAAGUCUCAAUCCA